AAAAUAUUUAAGCAUAAUUCUAUGGAUCAAUUACACAACUCUUCUCCAUUAUCUCAACGUCGUAAUAGCACAAGCUUAAUUAAUCACAAAACUGUUGUAAUUAAUGGCAGCAAUGAAUGUCAUUUUUCCAAUGCUAUUUCUUCGCCGCCCUCUUUGACUACUAAAGCGGAAAUUCUACCCCCUACAUUAACUAACUAUAACAACACAAAUAAUAACAAUACCUUAGUUUCACCAGUUUCUUCAUCUUCUGCCAUUUCCUUAGCGGUUUCAGCUCUUUUUGGUUCUUCUACUAGUACACAAGAUAAUUCAGCUUGUUUUAAUUUAAAUUCUGAACGUAAUAAUUUAUCUUCAAAUGACUCCAAUGUUACCCUUUGGCAAUUUUUGUUGGAAUUAUUAACUGCUAACGAGCACCCUCAUUUGAUACAAUGGACUAAUAAUGAAGGGGAAUUUAAGCUUCACGACGCCGAAGCAGUUGCUCGUUUAUGGGGAAUACGUAAAAGUAAACCAAACAUGAAUUAUGACAAAUUAAGUCGAGCACUUCGCUACUAUUAUGAUAAAAAUAUAAUUAAAAAAGUUAUUGGACAAAAAUUUGUUUAUCGUUUUGUUAUGGAAAAUAAUGGAGGAAAUGGGGGGAAAAUGUUAGAAAGUGGAGAAUCUCGACCAAAUUCAGAAUUAUUAAUGAAUGCAAAACAACAGCAACAAUUACAAUUAUUAGUUAAUAAUAAUAAAAAAUCAGAAGCAACAAAUAAUACAACGGCUAUGGAUAGAUUAUCAGCUUUUGAAUGCUCAACAACACUUGCACCAACACCAAUGCAACAUCAAAGGAAUGCUUCUGGUAAUAGACAUAAUAACAGUAUUUUAACUCCUUCUCCAUCGGACAGUUAUAGCCCUUCUGGUAGUGUUGAAAGUAGUAGCGGUGUUAGUAGUGGAAGUUGUCUUAGUUCUUUUAACGGAACAAACAUUUGUCAAAUAAAAAUGGAGCCUACAUCUUCUUGUUUUCCACAACAACAACAAUAUGUUUCAGCUCCAUUAUUACCUUCAAAUUCUGAAAAAUUAAUUGUUAAUGGAAGUAGUAAGGGAACACGGAAACGUAGAAGUCCUUCAGAUAAACACCAGAAUAAUCUGCCAGUAAAGCAACAUUCGCCACCUAAUGGAAGACAUGUAUCAUGGAUAAAUUCGGGAACAGCAUUUUCAGCUUCUGUUGAUAUUGCUAAUAAUAAUGACUCUUAUUCAUCAAUGGCUUCCAUCGACCAGCGUCGAAAUAGUAGCCAAGAUGAUCAACAUCAAGGGUCUGCACCCAAAAUAGGCUGCACAUCAAAUACAGGUCCUUCUCUUUGCCGUCGUGCUCGUCCACACCCUCUUGAUCUAACUUGUGUAAACAAUGCAACAGACACAAAUUCAUGUAGCAACAGUACAUCAACAACUACAGGAGGUGGAGGAGGAACUUCUUCAACUACAUCUACUAAUCAUUUGAUUUCUGGCAAUAAUAACAAUAAUAUUCCUCAAAAUUCUUCUUCACUUUUAAAUAAUUUAAAUAAUCAAAUGGUAGCAUCUUCCCCUUUACUUUUUGCUCUACAACAACAACAAAAUAAUCCUCAAAAUAGUCCUUUACUUUCUGCAGCAAUUUCAGCGUUAAGUAAUUAUACUGGAGGAGCAUCUCCUUUAGCAGGAACUGGACUUGCUUCACCUUUCACGCAGGCUGCGGCAGCGUUUCAAUUGGCAACAAAUUUUGUAGCUAGUUUGAGUCCAAACGUUUCAACAACAACUAGCAACAAUUCAAAUAAUAACAAUAGAAGCAUAAAUAAUUCCAUUAAUACAUCAUCAACUCCAUCAACAACAGCAACAAUAAUAACUUCUACAAAUAUCCCAGUUUCAACAACAUCAACAACUACACCACUUUUUAAUUUCCCUAAUAAUACUCAACAACAAAAUAAUGAUGAAAUAUUUAAUAGAUCAAAGAAUCUGGCUUUUAAUAAUGCUUCUAUUUCAAAUGCUGUUACAACUUCGCAAACAACUCAGUAUAAUAAUAAUACAAGUUUCUAUAGUCAAUUACACAGUGCUUUAACUACGCCGUUAGGAAAUCAGGUUCGAACACCACAGCAAAACUUUUCCAAUUCUGCUGUGAUUUCUGCAAUGAUCAAUCAUUUAACGAACGGUCCAAAUACUCCUUUUGCACAACAACAACAUCUUCAACAACAACAACAAUCACUAUUUCAAUUUCCUCCUUCUUCAAAUAUGGCUAUAGCUCAUACAUUAGCUAUUUUAUCUUCACCUGGACUUCCAUUAAACGGGCAAUCACCAUUUCCAUUUGUCAAUCAAAUGGCAGCACUCCAAACACCAAAAUUUUCAACGGCCAGUCUACUUCCAGGCAGUGCUGCUGCUUUAACGGCCGCGUUAACUGCUGCUCAACGUUCUCCAGAUUCAUUGAAGACACCGAUGGGCGGGUUUAGUUUUGAGUUUGGACAAGCAUUAGCUGCUGCACAAAUAGCUGCUGCUUCAAAUAAAAAGUUUGAAUAG